UAAAGGACAUGCAGUGCACAGUCUCUAGCAGAAGUUGAAAAUGGAUGAUGCCUACUGAUGCUUUUCGAUGAUGUCAUCUCCUUUUUUCCUGUUUGAGAUGUGUGAUAGGAAAAAGUUCUAAGACAAGACUGACUGACCUCUUCAUCCCUUGACUUCUCUUUCUGCAAGUCUAAAAACCAUCUGAAGAAAUGACCACUCAGCUACCAGAGGAGUCCCUGGAGACCCAGAGCUCAGAUGAGCUUGAGUGCAAGAUAUGUUACAACCGCUAUAACUUGCGACAGAGAAAACCAAAAGUGCUGGAGUGUUGUCACAGAGUAUGUGCCAAAUGCCUUUGCAAGAUCAUAGACUUUGGUGAUUCCCCACAAGGAGUCAUAGUGUGCCCAUUUUGCAGGUUUGAAACAUGCCUGCCAGAUGAUGAGGUUAGUAGUCUUCCUGAUGACAACAAUAUCCUUCUAAAUUUAGCUUGCGGGGGAAAGGGAAAGAAGUGCCUACCAGACAACCCAACGGAACUGUUGCUGACUCCCAAAAGGCUGGCAUCUCUAGUUAGCCCUUCUCACACCUCUUCUAAUUGCCUGGUUAUAACAAUCAUGGAAGUACAAAGAGAAAGUCCCCAGACUCUGAACUCAACCCCCGUGGUGGAAUUUUACAGGCCUACAAGUUUUGACUCUGUUGCAACCGUGUCCCACAACUGGACAGUGUGGAACUGCACAUCCUUGCUCUUCCAGACCUCAAUUCGGGUGCUAGUGUGGUUGCUAGGUUUGCUGUACUUUAGUUCCUUGCCUUUAGGGAUUUAUUUACUGGUAUCUAAGAAAGUUACCCUUGGGGUUGUCUUUGUAAGCCUUGUUCCUUCGAGCCUUGUUAUUCUCAUGAUUUAUGGCUUUUGCCAGUGUGUUUGCCAUGAAGUUCUAGACUGCAUGUCAUCUUGAUAACAAAUAUAGUAAAAUAAGAUGUGUUACCAGAUGUGCAGCAUAGUUGAUUUAUCCUGUCUUUGUAUUCUUAUUUAUUCUUAUUGUUGUCCAUCCCACUAAAUGGAAGCAGUAGCCCUAGUUAUAUGGUCCUUUUUUUUCCCCUACUGAAUUUGAUUCCCCCUACCCAGAGCUUUUUUUUGAGCUAAAAAUUGGAAAUAAAAUUUACAUGUUGAUUUUCAAAGGCCAAGUUUUAGGAAGGGAUAAAGCAAAAUUGCCAAACUUGGUGCCACCUACUGCUGCCACUGUUCAAAUGAGUAGCCCUUUGCUUUCUGUUGGCUUCAUCAAGUCAGUCCAGGCUGCAGGAUCCACCUAAAAGAAAUUAAUGUAACAGGCACCUUCCAGGUCCAAGUACCGCAUGUCUUCACCCAAAGCAUCUCAUGCUUUGGAAUAUCUGUUGUUUAUCAUCCAUUUUUGCUUAAAACAAAUUAAAUCACUUUGUUAGUUAAUAUUAAAUGAAGAAUAAGACAAGCUACCAUUGCUUUUUUAAGUUCUCGUUACAGCAAAAAUACAUGUAGGAGGCCAAUGGUUAUAGUCUCGCCAUAUUUUGCAAAAUGAGGAAUCUUUUUUUACCAUCUAAAAACAUGUCUCCAGAACACUUUCCCCAAAAGGAAGCCUAUUUUUCUUAUCACACAGUUGCAGCUCACUGUGAAAUAUUCCUGCUAGUGAGUACUUCCGGGGACCCAGCCACAUAUUUGCUGUUCUCCAGGUGCACUUAUUUCAGUGUACAUACACCUUAGGGCUUCCCUUUGAGAGUUCAGAGCUCUGCAGACUUCUCUAGAUAUGUUCUGUUGUGCUUACCCUCCCUUCCAGCAUUUCCACAACCACCCCACAUUUCCAAGCCACUAGUCCUCCUAACAAAUGAACAACCUCAUGCACAGGUACUCUGUGGUAGUUAUGCUGGAGAAUUUGACUUAUGUGACUUCAGCUCUCAAGAUAGACUUUUAUUCCCAACCAUUAGGAAAUGGAUCUUUAAUCACUAAUACAAAUUGGAAAAAAGUUCUGAAAUGAUUAACUGGUUUUUUGUUCAUUUUUUUUCUCUUUCUGAGUUCACAGAAUGAGCAAUUUGAGGAGAUACUAUGACUUUAGGAAGGUUUCAGUUUAAGGCAUAGUUCUUCAAAAUGUUUAAUAUUCUGAACUCCCUCUGUCACCAUUGUCAGUUGAUGGCAUUCUAGAUGUGGCAAUUAGAAUGCCUUGAUUAGUGGGGCUCAGAGGAAUUACUGAUAAUUUAUCAUUCCGCAAAUAGACCCAGGCCCUGUAAGACGUGCUUAUAUGUUGCAUGGUUUAGGCUACUUUUUGAACUACUGGAAGAGCACAAAAAUAAGUAAUAUUUAAUGUUUAUGUGUAUAACUAGGUCUAGUCAAUGCCACAACUGCAAACUGGUUUUCCUGUGCACAGCAGAGUAAAAGCUGAAACGGAGUUGAGCAGUGCAAGGCUGGUUUUAGGCACAAGAUUUAGUAAUUUCGGGGCAGUGUAAAAGGGAGAUGGGUUUGUUGCAUGAAAACUGAAUGUAUGACCCAACAAUAUACUCUUAGAGCUAACAGACUUUGGUAAGAAUGAAAAAUGACAGUGGGAAAAGCAGAGCCUAAGUGGUUGUUGUGUCUGUCAAGAGGAUCUGAAAUUAAGCUGGUCCAAUUUUUGUAGAUGGCAAAAGUGGUAUCUACAGUUAUAUUCCUAUUGCAAACAUAGAGAAAAAUAAGAAAAUGUAAAGGUUCUGCUUUUCUCGACACUCAGUUUCUAAUAGUGCGUAUAUAUGUGUGUGUAUGUACAUAUAGGCACAUAUGUAAGAAGAAAACAUAGCAAAGUUAUAGUUUUCAAGUGUUUGGGGUUAUGGAGCUGUGUAUUGAAUGAUUAAAGGAAAUGUUUCAGACUUUUCUGUAAUGACAAUAAUUAUAACUAAAAUAUUUUCAGAAUUCCUAGAAAUAACUAUUCCUAAGUAAUUGUUUUUAACGUCUGUGGUAAAGCACAUGUAGUUAGAAGAGGUAUCAUCUCCAUUUCUGGUAUAGUGCAAGGUUUGACUCAUCUAUGAACUCAUAAAUUUUAAGUAUCCAACAACAAUCAUGUCAAAAAGCAAGAAAAAAAGAAACCUAUGUGGUUUUAUAGUACUUCAUAACUUUGGGAAAAGAUGUAUUUGUAGUGUUAGGGAUUUACAUGUUUUAGGAUUUGUUCAAUUUGUCUGAAUACAGUGUCUCUAAUAAAGGGCUGACUGAUAGAGGAAGUAGGUUUUGCAAAUAUGUGAUAUAUAUGUAUUACCUUUGCACAACAUGUUCUACAGUGCUACCUGUUGUCUUUUCCUUUUGAUUUUCAUCUGACUAAGUUUAUCUUAGGUCCAGUACCAGGUAUUUUCUUUUCUGUUUCAAAAGAGAGCCUAAUCUCAGCAAGAUUAGGCUGACGCAGUGGUAUCAGUUACAUAUCACAGCAAAAAUAAAUACACCUGUUAUUAUACUUCCCUACUUUUAAGACUGCCAGCCCAUUAAAUUUAUACUGCUGUUUUAGGCUGUGCUGCAAUACUAACCCAAUCAAAAAUCCAAGCGUGCAAAAACAUACUGAUUGUAUAGCUAUUCUGCUGCUCACCCAGAGCACUUUAUUACAGCUUUGGUGUCGUAAAAUACCUAUAUGACUUACAGUAUGGCCAUUAAGAAUUGCUGGGAGGUAAAUCUCAAUUAUUUGUGGAGAAGAUAUUUGCUGUGAGACUAGAGGAACUUCAGAUAUUACUCUUCUCUUACUUUUAUUCUCUACCAUCCUUAAGAGUUAGAACUGAAAACUCUUGUGUC